AUGGCUAAACGCGGCAAAGCCGGGAGGCCUCGAGGCUUUUCUUUAGGCCUCAAUGACCGCUUCAAAGGGCCCCCUGAGGGGCCCCCCGAGGGGCCCCCCGAGGGGCCCCCUGAGGGGCCCCCUGAGGGGCCCCCUGAGGGCCCCCCUGAGGGGCCCCUUGGGGGGCCCCCUGAGGGGCCCCCCGAGGGGUCCCCUGGGGGGCCCCCCGAGGCCUCCUGCCUUGGGGGGCCCCCCCAGGCUGAAGGCCCUGAGGGGCCCUCAGGGGGGCCCCCCGGGGCCAAGGGGGGCCCCCCUGAGGGCCCCCGGGGGGCCCCCCUAGGGGCCACUGCAGCAGGAGAGCUCACUGCUGCUGCUGCUGCUGCAGGGGCCCCCUCAGGGGCCCCCACGAGGGCCCCCAUGACUGCAGCAGCACCAGCAGCAAAUAGGGAGGGAGCAGCGGGGGGCCCCCAAAAGGGUACUUCCCCCCAUCUCGCCCCAGGGGGGCCCCCAGGGGGGCCCCUGAAGGCACUUCGGUGUGCUGAGGGGCCCCCAGAAGGGGGGCCCCCAGGUCAAGCUGGAAGCAGCAGCAGCAGCAGCAGCAGCAGCAGCAGCAGCAGCAGCAGCAGCAGCAGUAGUAGUAGUAGCAGCAGUAGCAGCAGCAGCAGUAGCAGCAGCAGCAGCAACAGAAGUGAGAACAGCAUCAAUGGUAACAGCAACAAUGGCGCCACCAGCAGCAGCAACGCUGGAGAGAGCAACAGCAGCAGCAGCAGCAGCAGCAGCAGCAGCAGCAGCAGCAGCGAUGUUGGCACAAACAGCAGCAGCACCGCUGCAAACAGCAGGGGCAGCAGCAGCAGCAGCACAGCUACGAUCAUCAGCAGCAACAACAGUAGUGGCAGCAGCAGCAGCGCCACUACCAGCAGCAGCAGCAGCAUUCACAGCAGCAGCAGCAGCAACUGCAGCAGCAGAAACAGCAGCUUUGAGAGCAGCACCUACAGCAGCAUGACUGACAGCAGCAGCAGCAGCUGCACAACGGAGAACAGCACCAGCAUCAUCAGCAGCAGCAGCACAACUGACAGCCGUGCAAGCAGCAGCAACAGCAGCAGCAACAGCAGCAGCAACAGCAGCAGCAACAGCAGCAGUAACAGCAGCAGCAAAAGCAGCAGCAACAGCAGCAGCAACAGCAGCAGCAACAGCAGCAGCAGCAGCAGCAACAGCAGCAGCAGCAGCAGCAACAGCAGCAGCAGCAGCAGCAGCAGCAGCAGCUGCUGCAGCAACGUGUGCGUGGAAUGUCUCUGCAGCUAUUUCUUGUUGUCUUCUUCUGUGCCUUCUUGUGACCAGCAGCAGCAGCAGCUGCAGCGAGCUUGCUGCUUCGGCUUCUUGCUGCUGCUUGCAGAAGCCUCGCCCUCUUGGGCUGCUGCUGCAGUGCCCGCCCCUCUCACCAGCAGCAGCAGCAGCAGCAGCAGCUGCAGCAGCAGCAGCAGCAGCAGCACGUGGACUGCUAAGGAGUAUCAUUUGUCGAAGGUUGCAGCAGCAGCGCCGCCGCUGCUGCAGUUUUACUGUUCUGUCUUUAAGAGCUGGGUGAGAAAGCACUUCAUUGAUAAGAAGCUGACACGCCGCAGCAGCAGCAGCAGCAGCAGCAGCAGCAGCAGCAGCAGAAGCAGCAGUAGCAGCAGCUGCAGCAGCAGCUGUGGAAAAGAAAACACAGUGUUGGCAGCAGCAGCAGCAGCAGCUGCAGCAGCAGGCGCCGGCUCCACAGAGGCAAAUGCACAGCAGCAGCAGCAGCAUGUGCAGCAGCAGCAGCAACAGCAGAAGCCGAAGCACGAAGAACAGCAGCAGCAGCAGCAGCAGCAGCAGGAUAUUUGGCAGCAGCUGGAGGUGAUGAAGCAGGAGCAAGAGCGAGAGCCAGAGCAGCAGCAAGAGCCAGAGCAACAGCAAGAGCAGCAGCAAGAGCAGCAGCAAGAGCCUGAGCAGCAGCAGCAGCAGCAGCAGCAGCAGCAGCAGCAAGAGCAGCAGCCCUCGCCCAAAAGGUUCCGCUGCAACGUUGUAGAGCCCUCAGCCGCUGCAGCCCUUGCGCCCACAGCAGCAGCAACAGCAGCAGCAGCAGCAGCAGCAGCAGCAGCAGCAGCAGCAGAGACAACAGCAGCUGCUGCUGCUGCUCGCCCCCACCAGUACCCUCGCGCCCUCCACACGCGGGCGGGCUCGGGGGGCCCCUACAGCCUCAGGGGGCCCCCGGGGGGCCCCCCUGUCUUGGAUUGCACAUUUGCUGCUCGGCGGCUGCAGCAGCAGCUGCGAGGGUUCAUCAGGGCGCAUGCAGCAGCAGCAGCAGCACGGAAUGCAGCAGCAGCAGCAGCAGCAGAAGCAGCACUGUCUCAGUUCAUUUGCAAGUAUUCUCAAGGGGGCAAAGCAGCAGCAGAACUGCAGCAGCAAAUGGGGGGCCCCUGGGGGCCCCCCGGGGGCCCCCCGGGGGCCCCAGCAUUUGCUGCUGCAGGGGCCCCCCGGCUGCCUCUCUGGGAAAGGGAGAUAAAGAGGGAGCAGCAGCUGCUGCUGCAGCAAGAGUACAAGCAGCAGCAGCAGCGGCGGCAAAAGCAGCAGCAGCAGCUGCAGCAGGACUUCAGGCAGCAGCAGCUGCUGCUGCUGCAGCAGGAAUCUGAGACAGAAGAUGAGUACUGGGAGGCCCCGGAGGCCUUCAAAGAAGCAGCAACAAGCGGGCGCAUCCGAGACAAUUUGCUGCAGCUGCUGCAGCAGCAGCUGCAGCCACGCUGCAGCCACGCAGCAGCAGCAGCAGCAGCAGCAACAGCAGCAGCAGCAGCAACAGCAGCAGCAGCAGCAGCAGCAAACAAACCCAACCAAAACAAACUGCUGCCGCUCAGUGCCUUCGGCGAUGUCACGGAGAUAGAAGAGAAGCUUGAGACCAUAAGGGCGCAAACCGAGGUUUGUGCUGCUGCUGCUGCUGCUGCUGCUGCUGCUGCUGCUGCUGCUGCCGUUGCUGCUGCUGCUGCUGUGCAUGUAGCUGCUUAUGCUGCUAGGCCUGCUGGAACAGCUAUUGCUGCACCUUCCAUUGCCUUUGUUGCUUGCUGCUGCCGUCUUCCAGUGCUGCUGCUGCUGCUGCUGCUGCUGCUGCUGCUGCUAGCACUGCUGCUGCUGCAGUCUGAUGUCGCUGCUGCUCUUGCUGCUGCUGCUGCACUGUUUGCUGCUGCUGCACAGGCGAGUACCAGGUGGCCCUGGGGGCCCUGGGAAGACCCCUGUGGCCGUUGGGGGCCCCCUGGCAGCAAGGGGGCCCCCAGCUGCUGCAGCAAAACCCCAAAUGGGGCCCCCAGCAGCUAG